GACUGCCCUACAUGCGGCAGAUCCGAUCAAUCCCCCGACCCUUCCUCAUCCUCCACACUCCCUCUCUCUCGCUCCCUCUCUUCCUCUGAUGGGAUCUCGGAGAUCCAGAGCUCCCCCCUUCUCCCUUCUCUUACCCUUCCUUCUCUUCAUCGUCCUACUCCAGCGAUCCUUGCCCUAUCCCAUCAUUGAUCCAUCCAGAUCGAAGCUGCUCUCUUGGAAACCUCGGGCUUUCGUCUACGAAAGGUUCCUGACGGACGAAGAAUGCGAUCACCUGAUAUCUCUCGCGAGAUUGGAGCUCAAGCGGUCGGCUGUGGCUGAUAAUCUGUCGGGUAAAAGCACGUUGAGCGAAGUCCGGACUAGCUCCGGGAUGUUCAUCAACAAGGGAAAGGACCCAAUUGUUGAAGGUAUUGAGGACAAAAUUGCCGCAUGGACCUUUCUUCCUAAAGAAAAUGGUGAGGACAUUCAAGUCUUACGGUAUGAGCCUGGACAGAAGUAUGACCCCCACUAUGAUUACUUCUCUGAUAAGGUUAAUAUCGCUCGUGGUGGUCAUCGUAUUGCUACUGUUCUUAUGUAUCUAACAGACGUGGCCAAAGGUGGUGAAACUGUGUUUCCUUCAGCUGAGGAACCUCGGCACCGUGGUGAAGAUGCCAAGGAUGAUAGCUUUUCAGAAUGUGCCCAGCGAGGAAAAGCAGUUAAGCCGAAGCGAGGGAAUGCUCUUCUGUUCUUCAGCCUUCAUCCAGAUGCUACUACAGAUCAAGGCAGCCUUCACGCAGGGUGCCCAGUGAUAGAAGGUGAGAAAUGGUCGGCCACAAAGUGGAUUCACGUAGCCUCCUUUGACAAGAUUAUCACAAGUCAAGGAAACUGUACAGACGAGAACGAAAGUUGCGAGAGGUGGGCUGCACUUGGAGAGUGCACAAAGAAUCCAGAGUACAUGGUUGGAACUGCAGAUUUGGCCGGCUUUUGUAGGAGGAGCUGUAACGUUUGUUAAAACGUUGUCUUUUUUUUUUUUAUAUCAUAUUUACAUGAAGUCUGUCGCAGUUAGAUCAUAUACUUCCAUGAAUAGUUUCUCCGAUAGACACCAAACUACUCAGGUAUCUUGCCGAAUCUGAUUCCUCGCUGUUUGCACUUGUUAUUUUUAUCAAAGUAUUUGAAACUUGUAAUUUUUAUGAUUGUACAUUUGUGACGAGUUAGUUGGAGCCAAAAAAAAAUGGUGGGACGUUUUUGCAUUCU